GUAUCCUACUCGAAAAAUUUAGGAACCAUCAUGUCACACAGGAAGACAGAUGCAUGAGAGGUGAAAAAAUACACAGUAUUUUGCUCUGUAGUGAAGUCCCACGUAGUCUCGAAACUUCUUGACCAUUGAUUGCUAAAAAAAAUGACAUGACCACCAUUAAUAUGUGAAGCAUGCAUGCCAUUUGGCUCAAUGACUUCCAUUCAACGCCAAAAUGUUUAAACCUGAAAUUGCGGGUUAACUUGUGGUGUUUGGGAGGAGCCUACAAUUAAUGUCCAGUCAAAGAGAAAACAGAAAUAGACCAAAAGGAGAUCUAUAGGGAAAGAGUUCAUAGACACAGACACAGACAUCUUUUUUCUUCUGCUCUCUUUUUCCUUUUCAAUAUUCUACCAGCUGGGAAACAACAGCUCAUGAUAUAUACGGGCACUCUUGAGGAGUUCCUUUUGCAGGUUGAAGAGAAAAGUAUUGAUUACAUCUACCUUAGAACAGAACCAAAUUAAACCAGAAAACAUAGGGCCAUCGAUCCUUCCAAGAUUCUCUCUCUGUGCCUAAGGUACUUUCAAACACCUAGCUUGUUUGUUUAUAUAUUGUUUUGCAGUAUUUUUCUCAUCAUAAAAACUCACAUUUAGGAACCCUCAGAUUCUACUUGAAAGCAAUUUUUCGCAUCCGAUGUUACGAAGCUUUGAUCUCUACUGUAACCAAUAACCAUAUAUCGGCUUAAGAAAUGAACGGCGUAGUUUCUCUAUCUGGAUUCCAUGUUCAAGGAAUUGGAAUGACAACGAAGCAAUGGAAUUCAAUCGUGAAGUUUUGGGGGGGAAAAAAUUCCAUUGAUUUUCAAAACGAGAACCGAAAACGCUUGUUGUAUGAGUGUGUUUCUGUUUUACGUUGGAAGUCGACUACAUGUGCUACGGUAGGAAAUGCCUGCGCCGUUCAUCCAAAUACAUGAACAAAUGCACGUCUGUAUAUAUGCACACAAUUAGCAUGGAUGCAUGGAAGUUACCAGCAUAAGGUUCUUAACAUGAGUCGUCAUAAAAAAUAAAAAGUCCUUAAUUGACAUGUUUUUGCUCAAAUCAUUUUACGAAAAUUGACAAUACCACCCCAUUGAGCAUAUUCCAGUUCCAAUCCCCUCUACUUGGGAAACAAAGCACAAACAAGAAGCCAAGCAAUCCAUAAAAGGCCUAAAUCCAUGGCUCCAAGCAAGUUAAGAAAAGCCAUUGGAGCAGUUAAGGACACAACAAGCAUAGGCCUGGCCAAAGUCGGCAGCAACUCUGACCUUGCCGACCUCGAUGUUGCCAUCGUGAAGGCCACCCGCCAUGAAGAGUACCCUGCAGAUGAGCGGCACAUCCGGGAGAUACUCGGCGUCGCAUCCUGCUCACGGGCUCACAUCGGUGGGUGCGUCGCCGCCAUCUCCCACCGCCUUAACAAGACCAAGAACUGGGUAGUGGCGCUCAAGACCCUCAUCCUGGUCCAACGGCUGCUCAACGAAGGGGACCCAACGUUCGAGCAGGAGGCCUUCUUCACCACGAGGCGCGGGACCCGCCUCCUCAACAUGUCGGACUUCCGCGACACGCGGAGGAAGGACUCGUGGGACUACUCAGCCUUUGUGCGCACGUAUGCGCUGUACCUCGACGAGCAACUGGAGUACAGGAUGCAGAACAGGAGAGGGAGGCGUAUCGUGUACGGUGAAAACGAAGACGAGGGGGUUCCAGCACCGGUGAGAUCCACGCCGGUGUGCGACAUGAGGAACGAGCGUCUUUUCUCUAGAGUCCAUCAUCUGAUGCAGCUCUUGGAGCGGUUUUUAGCAUGCCGCCCAACAGGUUCAGCAAAGCAUAACAGGGUUGUGCUCAUGGCACUAUAUCCUAUAGUGAAAGAAAGCUUUCAAAUAUACUAUGACAUAGCAGAAAUACUGAGUAUCCUAGUCGACCGGUUCGUGGCACUAGAAAUUGCUGAUUGCGAGAAGGCAUAUGAGAUCUUCAGCCGUGUAUCAAAGCAGUUUGAAGAGCUCGAUGAGUUCUAUGUCUUGUGCAAGAGCGUUGCGAUUGCGCGCUCUUCUGAAUACCCGGAAGUUGAAAAAAUAGCACAACAAAGACUGGUUGUUAUGGAUGAUUACAUAAGACAAAAGUCCACGCCUGCACCUAACAAGAAGGUAGUUUACCUGGAACAAAGGCAUGAAACAGAGGAAGAGGACAAGUCAAGGAUUGUUGUAGUUGAAGAGGACAUGAACGCGAUUAAGGCGUUACCACCGCCUGAAGGAUUUGCAGAGGAGCUGGAGAAAGAGGAGAAGGAAGAGGCGAAGGAGGAGUUAGAAAAGAAGGAUAGCACUGCUGAAAAAGAAGCCGAUUUGUUGAACUUGGCAGAAGAUAUGGUGACAAGCAAAGAACAUGGAGAUAAAUUGGCUUUAGCCUUGUUUGACGAUGGUGCACGGACAACUGUUCCUCAGACGACAACCACAACAACUGCAUGGGAAGCCUUCAAAGAUACAAGCAACUGGGAGACAGCACUUGUUGAAUCCACAACCCAUUUGUCGGACCAGAAACCAUCUCUUCCCGGUGGUUUUGAUACAGUGCUACUUGAUGGGAUGUACCAACAAGGAGCAAUAAACCAGGCAAUGGCUUCGCCAGUUUACGCAGCCACAGGAAGUGCUAGCAGCAUUGCAUUUGGGUCUGCCGGAAGGCCGGCGAUGCUGGCGCUACCGGCACCUGUGACUGCAAGCGGAGGCAGCGCAGCUGCUAUAGGGUGUGCCGACCCUUUUUCCGCCUCCCUCCCAGUGCCGCCACCGUCGUACGUACAGAUGUCAGAGAUGGAGAAAAAACAGAGGUUGUUAAUGGAGGAGCAGCUAAUGUGGCAGCAAUAUGCAAGGGAUGGGAUGCCAGGGCAGGUUGGGUUGACAAAGGUGCAACCAAAACCCUAUCCUUACAACAUAGGAGGCUACACGAGCUCAUAUUGAAACUUUGUAAAAUAGGAACAACAGUUACAGGUCAUAUGCUGAAUACUUUCAGUUUGAACAUAACAUGAAAUAAUCACCAGAUAGUCAUGUGAGAUUGAUCCAUAAUAUCACAAACCUUUACAGAAUAGGAGUUCAUUGGCAGGUAUUUAUUGUACAGUGAAGGUGGAGAUUAGCAAUAUUUUUUACUGUUGACAACUACAUAUUGUUAAUAAGCAUCAGUAAUAAUAGUGUUUUAACAUUGUGAAGAACAGAAAACCUCUACAAAUGAUGGAGAUCGGUACCUUCUGCACUUUGGCCCCACUUAGCAUUGCUACUGCAUCUGUCAGAAAAAGAACCAUCAUACAUGUAUCUCCCUAUCCAUUGUCGUGGUUUUGUAUUAGCGUAGGAUUUACACAAAGUUUGGGCUGAAGAUGAGUCCGAAUUUGUUGUUAUUCACGAGAGUAAUUCUGUCCAAGGCUCUAAGCCUGUAAAACACAUUUGUCCAAGUUUGGCAGCCCAACUUCCGGAUGCUUCUUUUUUGAUACACCCAAUGUCAUGCCAACAGCAACCAAGGUCUCGAGUGAUCUUGCACUAUUCACCAAGAGGUCUUCAUCUAUCUUUAUUGAAUCCUGCAGAAUUUCCAAAAAUUGGGCCAGUAAUCCAGUAGUCAAUAGAUAAAUAACGAAAUCUCUGCAGAGAUAUGUAUAACAUCGGUUUCAUAAGGGCAAUAUUGGUUUUGAAAGAGUUUUCUUCCCGGCUAUUUCUUUUAUCAUAGCCAGAUAGCCAUCAACCUGACGAGACAAAAUCACAAACUCUUAAUCUGCGCACAUGUUAAUGAUGCAAAGAAGCAAAACAAGAAUCCAUCUAAGAGCUUCUCCAGCAGCACUUAAAUGCCCUGCUAAUGCCAAAAGUUGGCAUGAACCUCAAGAAUGAGUUGUCCGAUAGCUAGCUAUAAAAAUUGCAAAUUUUGGCAAUUGGUAAAGCUUGUGCAAGCUUGUGCAAUUUUUUCCCAAGAUUUACCAAUUGCCAAAAUUUGGCAAUCCUCUUUGUCUCUGACUCUCUCUGUCUCUCACCAUGGAUUCAGGGAACCCACGCCUAGCAUUUGCAUUUGGUAUUUUGCGACAAAACUGAAAGCUAUGCUGCAUGGAUACUUCGCUGGAGGUCAUGUAUCAGUAUCGGACACUUGGCAGACACUGACACUCUCUGGACAAAUGUUUGACACCCAAAUAAGAAGUGUCCUAUAUUUUUCUCAAAUUUUUUUGGACACCCUGAGACACUCUGGAGCAGGCUAGGACACUCUAUUGACACUCUCAGAACACACGGUCUUCUUUUUGUGUGAUACUGAUGGUUGAUUGAUUAUAAAAACACGUCUGAGUGAUAAAACAUCUUUUCUUGAAAUACUGUAGUGAUUAACGUUUUGAUACAUGUGGAGAACUGGAUAUAUGGUAUUUAAAAUUGUAGUAAGAGGCUUGUAUUAUUUUUGUUUGUAAUCAUAUAUUUCACAUAUAUGUUCCUAAGCGUGUCCUCCACAUGUCGUGUCCUCCAAUUUUCAGAGAUUUACAUGUCUGAGUGCCGGUGGCGUGUCCAUGUCAAUGCCUACAUGGAGCAAAAGAAAUCAAGAUCUCAUUUUUCGGUCAAGAGAAAAAAAGAAUGUCGUGUUUUAUCUUCCAAGACAGCAAGAAUGAGGAACAAUCUAGAUUUUAAGCACCACCAUUUUCAACCAUGCAGAUGACAAGACCUAUAUGCAUUACCCUUUUCCCCACAUCUAGGGUUGUCUCUGUACAAGAAUAUUAAUAUCAUGCAUAUCAAGUGCCCAAUGUUAUUUCUUCCCAGACAUGACAUGAAGUACAAAGAAGAUUUGAUUAUAUUCAGAUUAUGCCCCAAUUCAAGAUAAUUAAUUAGGUACUGACCUUUUCAAACACACAGAUGACAGUACUUCCUCCAAAUGAGAAAUAUCCGAACUGUAAUUCAGUAAAUGAAGGUGAAAUGAAUCCCUUUGAGAAAUUAAACUGCAGGAAUGAA